GCUGCCUUAAGAAGUGCAAGGAGAAACCAUGCCAUUUUUGGGCCAAGACUGGAGAUCCCCUGGAUGGAGAUGGGUUAAAACUGCAGAUGGAUGGAAACGAUGUGAAACCUUCAGUCCCCCAACUGAAGAUGGGAAUAGUCAGCUUAGUGACAUCAGUCCCACUGUCAUCUUAACUGAUGAUGAUGAUGAAGAAAUGUACAGUUGUGAAGACUGUGAAUUUGCAACCAAGAAAAGGAAAAAAGAUCACUGUAGGAAUAACACGAAUUCACAAUAUUUUUAUCGUGAAAAAUGGAUUUAUGUUCAUAAGGAAAGUACUAGAGAAAGACAUGGCUAUUGCACUUUGGGAGAAGCUUUUAAUCGCUUGGAUUUUUCAAGUGCAGUUCAGGACAUCAGAAGAUUCAAUUACGUGGUCAAACUUUUGCAGUUAAUAGCAAAAUCCCAGCUAACUUCACUAAGUGGUGCAGCACAGAAGAACUACUUCAGCAUUUUGGACAAAAUUGUGCGGAAGGUCCUGGAAGACCAAUAUAACCCACGAUUAAUAAAAGAUCUACUACAGGAUCUUAGUUCUACUCUCUGUACACUGAUUAGGGGAGUAGGAAAAUCCGUUCUGAUUGGGAACAUCAAUAUUUGGAUUUGCCGACUAGAAACUAUCCUUGUGUGGCAACAACAGCUAAAAAACCUUCAGAUGAACAAG